GAAAGUCGCUUUAAGCGGUACAUAUACCAAUAUUAUAGAUAUGUCGAUGAUGUCUUGAUUCUGUGGAAAGGCCCCCUAGAUAUCUUCCAUGAAAUGGUAAAUGAAGCAAACAAGGCACAUAACACCAUUAAAUUUACAUUGGAAGUAGGAGGUAAAACGCUGAAUUUUUUGGAUGUACACCUUGAAAUUGUGGAGGGCCAAGUAUGCACCAGCCUGUAUCGUAAGGAGACUGACAGGAACAAUGUCUUACAUGCUAACAGCUUUCACGCACCAAAUAUAAUUAAGGCUAUCCCUAGAGGGCAGUUCCUACGGGCUCGUAGGAUAUCCUCAAACACAGGGAGCCUGAUUAGUGCCACGGAAACACUGAGAGGAAGGUUUCUAGAUAGAGGCUAUAAUCGCAAGCAAAUACAUAAUUGUAUACAAGAGACUAACAAAGUCGAUAGAAAAGACCUUUUAAUGUAUAAAACCAAAAAAGAAGAGAAAAAGAGUUUACCAUUUGUUUCUACAUAUGGGUCACAUAGUAAAGCCAUAGAAAAAAUUGUGUUAAAAUAUUGGCCCAUUAUCCAGCAGGAUAGAACAAUAGGGAAGUGUUACCCUAAUAAUCCUAUGUUUAGCUAUAAAAGGGGCGAGUGCAUACGGGACAUAUUAUGCCCAUCUGAAAUUGACCCCCCAAAGAGCAGCACACAAAGAUUUUUGGGAAAACCUAAAAAGGGAACAUUUGCUUGCCUUAAUUGUGUGUGUUGCGCAUCUAUUAUCAAGGGAGAUAGGGUUAAUCACCCCUUAUAUGGCACCCCCUUGUUUUUAAAAAAUUAUGCAACAUGCGACACAUGCAACGUAGUCUACCUACUUAAAUGCCCGUGUGGAAUGGCAUACGUAGGGCAAACUGCUAGGCAAAUAAAAAUACGGAUUAAGGAACAUCGAGGGUAUAUCCGAAAUUAUAAAAAAGACACCUACACAGAUACAGCAGUUGCGAGGCACUUCGCAGAAAUGAAACACAAUGUCAAUCAGUUGAAAUGGCUUGUUCUAGAAGUAGUGCAAAACCCUCCUAGGGGAGGGGAUGUGAAAACCAAAUUGUUACAACGGGAAAUGUACUGGAUUAAGAAACUAAACACUAUGAAUCCAAAAGGCUUGAAUGAGUCUUGGAGCGUAAAAAGUUUCUUAUAAAAAGUUCUUUAUAAACGGUCCUAAUAUGUGCAUUACUCUUCUCUUCCAGAUAUUGAUCAGUAUUAAUAGCCAAGAUAUGUUUGAAAACUUCUAAUGUCACUGUUUUUCCUACUUCCACCUUAAAGACUUAUCGCAAAAAGUAAAGACACACAACAGACACCAUUGAAACGCUUCAAAAGACUUUAUUUGUACCAAACAAAAAUCUGUAUUGGACAUUGUCACGCUUCAGUAUGUUUUUCUAAAUAAUUUUUUCACUAAUCUUUUAGGCAAGGGUUAAUAAUUGGAAAGUUCGUUUCCAUUAUAUUGUGUCACUUCCUGUCUAACACCUUUUAAGUAAUGAUGCACUGAUUGUCUCCACACUUGACAAAGAGCCUUCUAUGGUUCGAAACAUGUAGUGUUGGCAAAUAAACACUGAUGAUUUAGCAGUUAA